GCGGCAGGGGGUGCACGUGCCCUUGUUGUAAAAGAGCGGGAAAUCGCGAUGCAAAUACGUAACUUUUGUAUAUUUGUUUAUUCUAGACAAUGACUAUAAAAUGUGUACGAACUUUACCGAGAAAAUUAUGGAUUUAUUGAGUGGUUUUGGUUUAAUUUGAUUUUAAAUUGUUGAAAAUGGAUGGGAAAAUGUGGACGUUUUUGUUUAUUAUACAAAUUAUUGGUAUAGCAACAUCAAAUUUUGGCAAAGGUGAAAUUUUAAACAAUACAAUAAGAUCGAUCUCUGUGAGAUCAAUAUCCAGUUUUAACAAGAAUUAUUACAGCGAAACGAAUGUUCCAGCCAAUGUGAAAUUCGAUUCGCAAAAUGUGUUCAGUCGAUUUAAGAGAAACGUACCAAUUAUGCUGUCACAAUAUUUCAGAGAGACCACAGUCACCGCCGGUGUUGAUGUGAAUUUACAGUGUGUAGUCAACGGCCCCCACCCGGCGAGGUUUAUUUGGGAGAGGGAUGGUAUUGUUAUAUCCACGAACACGGAUUCAAGGUACGCGAUUGGCCAAACAAUGGCCGCGGAUGGUGGAGUGGUCACGCAACUGAAUAUAUCUCAUAUACGUGUUGAUGAUGGCGGACGGUACGCGUGUGUGGCCCAUCAUGGGGAAACCGUUGUAAGCCAUGAGGAUAGGAUUAAUGUUUAUGGUCCUCCAUACAUAAGAACGUUACCUCCCAUCAAAGUACAAAGUGGCCAAAGUGUGACGUUAAAAUGCCCGUACUAUGGAUAUCCUAUAAGAGAGAUCACUUGGGAGUACAGAGGCAAAGAAAUAACCUCAGAACAGAAUCGCUACAAGCGAUCCGACAAAACUGAACUGAGCGUAGAAAUAUAUGGUCGUAAGCCCAAAUUAAGAAAGCGCGAUGUAUCCAAUAAUGAUGGAGUUUUAGUUAUAAAUAAAGUUAGCAAAGCUGAAAAUGGGGCAUCUUACGCGUGUAUAGUCAGGAGUCCGUCUGGGGAAAUGGCCAAACGGUCUUUUGAUCUACAAGUUGUGGAAGCACCUCAACUGGAAGAUAUACUACUAGCUCCUGACCUACAGGAAGGUCAAAUAGUCCAAAUACAUUGCAAUUUGAAGAGCGGUGAUUCGCCGGUUUAUUAUUCGUGGCUGAAAGAUGGCAAGAAAAUACCGUCGCACUUGAAGAUAGUCGAGAGGAGUCUAGAAGUAUUCAGUGUGCUUAUAAUCAAAAAUGUAUCAUUGGACCAUUGUGGUACAUACACUUGUGUAGCCGCCAAUCAUGUUGCGAAGGUGAAUCGGACGGUGAAUUUGUAUAUAAAAGUUGCACCAAAAUGGAGCGAAGAGCCACAGAACACGUCUCUCCUCCUGGGCCGGAACGGGCAUGUGUCCUGCAAGGCGAAUGGUUACCCACAACCUCAGACACAUUGGUUGAAGAAAGAUGUGGUAUCAGAUACCUGGAGACCAGUGUUAGAAGUGGCCGGUGGAGGGGUGCUCAGUUUGUCCAACGGCUCCCUUAUAUUCGACUCUGUGUCGCUGUCUGAUGCUGGUCUAUACACAUGCCAUGUGGAGAACGGUGUUGGCGAAGCAUUGAGCAAAACUGUGUGGAUCUCUGUUAAUAAACCGAUCACGUUUGACGUCUCCUCACGAAACAUAACAGCUAAAUUGGGGCAACAAGUGACAAUAGAAUGUGUAGCUAAAGGAGACGAUCCUAUUCGCAUGAUGUGGACGAGGAACGGGAAGCCAAUCAAUCCAUUAACACAAAGGGUGAAGAUAUCAGAAAUGAAAACAGAAGAUGGCAUGACUAGUGUACUAGAACUACUUCAAACUGAAGUCAGUGAUGGGGCUCUGUACCAGUGCAAGGCUGGAAAUCCCUUUGGAGCUGAUGUGUAUACCGUUUAUCUUACUAUACUUGAACCGCCCCUCCCCCCAAACGAUCUCUCAGUGGAUUCAGUCAAGAGUCGUUCAGUCAAACUGUCAUGGCUUGAUAGUACUCGGUCUCUAGCUCAAUACUACACAAUACAAAUAACAAGUACGCAGAGAUUGUCCUGGACUACAGCUAGGAGUAUUAAUGUUACAAGAUCGGACGAAAUCCGUCACACGCUUGAAAUAGACCAAUUGCAAGCAGCGACGGGGUACUCAGCUAGAGUAGCUGGAGGCAACCAGGCGGACCUCAGCCCGUACAGCAUGCCCGUUCGAUUCACUACUGCUGAAGAAGCUCCAUCAUCACCACCUAUCGGAGUUCAGCUCGAACAAACGUCUUCACCCGGUGAGCUCUUAGCAAGAUGGCUGCCGCCCCCCACUGACACGCAUAAUGGACUCAUACUGGGAUAUAGAAUACGGGCUGUGCCACAAUUGACUGGGAUCAAAGAAUCUCCAGAGAGCGGCGAUAAAAUAAUCAAAACAACGUCCGUUUAUUCAAAACAAGAAACGAUAAUCACUGGUCUUCUGAAAGGAGUAAGGUAUGCAAUAUCAGUCGCAGCUUUCAAUAGUGCUGGCAAUGGACCCUUUUCGAUUCCUCUGUUUGAAGACACAAGGGAGGGAGCUCCCGAAGAAGGUCCCACAUCCGUGGAGUGUGGUGGUGUGACGUCAUCAGCGCUGCGAGUCAGCUGGCAGCCAAUACCACACCACAAGCAAGCUGGCUCUCUGAUUGGUUACACAGUAUUGUAUGCUGCACAAGGUCGUCAGUGGCUAAACGCUAGCACACCAGUAACAGAGGUUCGCUUGCAAGGGCUCAAUAAAUACACCAAUUAUACAGUCAAAGUCGCGGGAUUCUCCAAUUAUGGUGUUGGGCCGUUUUCGUUCCCUAUCGUGUGCUCGACUUUGCAGGAUGUACCAGAAGCACCAUCAGAAAUAAAACUUCUCUCGCAAUCAUCGACCACGUUGCUAGUCAGUUGGAAGCGACCGAAACAACCAAAUGGCAAGCUACUCCAUUAUACAGUUUAUUGCAAAGCCAGCUCAAGCAACGACGGGCCAGAAUCUCACAGAAUAGAUGCCCAAGAUUCCACAUAUGAAGAGACACAAACACUCGAACUAAAGGGGCUUCAAGAAGGCAAGCAAUAUGAUGUGUGGGUAACUGCUAGUACUGUUAUAGGGGAAGGGCCAGAGAGUAGACGGGUAACAGAUGCUCCACAGCAAAGAGUGGUAGCAGGUGUAGCGUCUCUAGGAGGUGAAGUGGUAGUACCAGUGCGUGGGUCUCUGGUGCUAUCAUGUCGGAGUGUGGGAGUACCACCACCACGAACUGUGUGGUAUCAUAACCAUUAUAUAAUAACACAUCAUCCGAGAUACACGAGGAAUAAGGACGAUAGCUUGCUAAUAAAGAACAUCGACCAAUCCCUUGGAGGUAACUACACCUGUUUAGCCAAAAAUCUCUACGGUUCUGACUCAGUAAUUUACACUAUACGAGUCCUCCCCCUCCCGGACCCUCCGAGCUUAAGGGCCACUCCGUUCAAGGACUCCAUACUUAUUGAGUGGGAUGAAUUGAAGACGAGUAACGAUACUUUGACCUAUGGGAUUAGCUACAACCUAACUUGGCGCGAAGGGGACGGUCCCUGGCAAGAGGCCUGGCCCUCCGCCCGGGAACACCGCGCCCCCGGCCUGCAACAACACACGCUCUCCGGGCUAAAGUGCGGAACGAAGUAUUCUGUGAGAGUGACCGCUACUGAUAAUGUUGGCACUUCAGCACCUGCACAUGUUGAUGUCACUACACUUGGCGGAGCGCCCGUAUCUCCCCCCACAACUGACUGGUUAUGGAGCAACUCAUCCCAUAUCUACAUACAACUCAGUGGGUGGGAUGACGGUGGUUGUGACGUCACCAAGUGGGAUGUAGACUACAGACCACUUGGCUCCAAUAUGUGGCACAGAGCUGAUAAUAGAGCUACAAUGGACAUGCCGCUCCACUGGGGCUACGACUACUCGCUCCGUUCCGCACCCUCCAACUACGCGGUCGGGUCUCUCGCACCCGCCACGUGGUAUCAGCUGCGAGUUACAGCCACUAAUGAUGCUGGGUUCGCUACUACAUUGUAUACGUACGCUACUAAGGGGCUGGAUGGUGAGGAAAUCGGGCCACCAUCAGAUUUCCUGGAUCUCAACAUGUUGGUGAUUAUAUGCAGCUCCAUUCUCCUUGUUAUGUGUCUGCUGGCUUUCAUCUGUAUACUGUUUAAGAGGCACAGGCAAACAUAUUCUUCCCAAUACCACCACUCGAUCGCGGACGAAGCGAAGUCGCGGAACGAAAGCGUGGCGUCACAUUCCGAACAUAAGGAGAGAUAUGCGCAUACGCCGAGGAUUUAUACAUCGCCUGUUCAUCCAAGGAAAGCUAGUAAAAAUGAAAUGUUCGAAAUAAGUCCAUACGCUGAGUUCGCCCUCGGGUUUCGCACGUUCGAUCACGUGGAGAACCAAGACCUGCCCAGCAGAUUGCCGGGAAGACCUAGGUUCGAUACUGAGACGAGUUUUCAGACACGUUCUGAAUCUGAUGACAGCGAUAGUACUUCGAAAGCAACUGUGUCUGCCAUGUCUAGACGUCACUGCCGAACUCCACACCAUAGAUAAUAAAAUAAAAUAAAAUACAAAUAUAUUAUA